AUGUCCACCGAUCCCUUAUCGGCCGUAGUCGCAGCCCUCGAACGAGAGCAGAUCAUACCGGAUGUUAUUCCCGAAGCCUUCACCCCCUCAGUUCUAUUCACGGUCAUCUAUCCCACCGGCAAGGAGGGCUUGCUGAGCUGCGAACUCACUCGUGAAGAAGCCUUCGAUGAGCCUGAGAUAAACUUCACUCCGAUGCAGAAUAACAUUGGCGCGGAAGGAGAGCCUACCUAUACGCUCGUUAUGGCGGAUCCAGAUGCGCCAUCGCGGGCGGAACCAAAAUUUAGGCAGUUUAGGCAUUGGGUGAUUGCCGGUAUCAAGUCACCUGUGGAGAGCGCUUCUGAGACCACUAAUCUCACUGGAAUCAAGACGAAGUUAUCGACGACGCCUUAUCGGCCUCCUGGGCCUCCCCCAGGUACCGGUCUUCACAGAUACACAUUUCUCCUGUUUGAAGAGCCAGUCGGCUUUUCUAUUCCUCAUGGCGCAGUUGAAUACGGGGCAGAAUUGGAACAGAGACGUAGCUGGAAUGCAGUCGAGUUCGGGAAGAAGUAUGGACUGAAACUUGUCGGCGCCAAUUAUUUCUUGGUCCGAUCCACCGAGUAA